AUGAGUCGGGCCCUCGCCUUGUGCCUGCUGACCGCAGCCUGCAGCGUGGCGCCCACGCUGGGGCGCGUCAGCCGCGUGCUGGGGGGUGAGCCGGUGGACAUCUCGCAGGUCCCAUGGCAGGUCUCCGUGGAGUUCAUAGAGGCGCACAAAUGCGGCGGCUCCAUUGUCAGCCCUAGAUUUGUCAUGUCGACUGCGUGGUGCAUCGUAGGCGCCGCCGAACCAAUCUAUUACGUGCUGCGGGUGGGUACGUCAACUCGCGAGAGUGGCGGCGCCACGUACACCGUCUCCGAUAUGUUUUGGCACGAGGAUUUCGACUAUGUUACGACAGACAGAGACAUUGGUUUCUUCGAGAUCUCAGACUACCUGGAGCAGUUGCACGCCGUCAACACGACUAUCAUCGACCGCAACUCGUGCAACGACACCUACGAAGGCCUCAUAACGGAGAACAUGAUCUGCGCUGUGGCUGAUAAGUUUGCAGAGGCGCAGAUAACCGAUAAGACGGGCGACACUGAACAAGACGAGCGCCAGUGCUGGGAACAGCCAAGCGCAGCCAUGUUGAAGGCAGCCUUAGCCCUAUAUCUGCUAUGUGCAGUCUGCUGUGCUGCGCCUUCCACGGCGUCUCGCAGGCUUCUUACACUCGAGGUCGAUGAUCGGAUUUUAGGAGGUGAGGUCGCGAACAUCUCCGACUACCCGUGGAUGGUCUCAGUAGAGUACUUGGAGGCUCACCGCUGUGGCGGCACCAUCGUCAGCUCCAACUGGGUGAUGACUGUUGCUUCGUGCAUCUGUGGCACCACCCCCAGCAACUUUGCCCUGCGGGUCGGCACUUCAACGCGCGGGAGCGCCUGCAGCGUGGCGCCCACACUGGGGCGCGUCAGCCGCGUGCUGGGGGGUGAGCCGGUGGACAUCUCGCAGGUCCCAUGGCAGGUCUCCGUGGAGUACGUGGAGGCGCACUACUGCGGCGGCUCCAUCGUCAGCCCCAGAUACGUCAUGACGACUGCGUGGUGCAUUUCUGGCGCCGAACCAAUCUAUUACGUGCUGCGGGUGGGUACGUCAACUCGUGAGAGUGGCGGCGCCACCUACACCGCUUCCGAUAUGUUUUGGCACGAGGAUUUCGAUUAUGUUACGACAGACAGAGACAUUGGUUUCUUCGAGAUCUCAGGUUCCAUCUCGUUUGAUGACAACGUUCAGGCCAUUCCUCUGGCGACUGAGGAGCUCGAGGCAGGCACUUCCGUGACGGUGAGUGGCUGGGGAAGCCUUCAACCCGGGGCAGACUACCCGGAGCAGCUGCACGCCGUCAACACGACUAUCAUCGACCGCUCUUCGUGCAACGACACCUACGAAGGCCUCAUUACGGAGAACAUGAUCUGCGCUGGUGAGCCUGAAGGUGGCAAAGACUCUUGCAACGGUGACAAAGGUGGUCCUCUGGUUGCGAACUCCACGCAGUACGGUAUCAUUUCGUGGGGGUACGGUUGUUUUUACCCACCAUACCCAGGUGUCUACACCAACAUCGUUUCCCUGCGCUCUUGGAUUAAUGAAACAAUCGGCGUCUAA